UGAGAAGAUGUUUGCCAUAAUUUUCCGAGGAGUUUUCCUCGUUGGUAUUCUGGGACUGUACAGCACCAAUGUUUGGAAGAUGAUUGAUGGUUUUUUUAAGGAUCGAUUUCAGAAUUAUCUUCACGAGGAAUUUAAGAAAAAUCCGAAAAUGCGAGACGAUUUAAAUGCAUACGCAGCACUCAAGGCCGAUAAGCGAGAAAAUGAAUUUAUCAACGCAAAGAAUUUGUUAACAGCGCCAAAUGAGGAGCAACGUCAAACAGCCGAAACUCAUCUAACCGGACCAAGAUCAGUCGAUGUUUUAACAACUGCCGCCGCCGCAUCCUUCUUAGAAAAUGUCGAUCACGAGACCAAUGAGCCGAGAGAAAACAGGGUCACAGCAUCAGUCGAUAAUAAUGCAUUCCAAGAAUCUCACGAGAUGCAAGCCAUGCGAAAUGCGAUGCCCAUCAAGUCGACCGGAAAUCAUGGAUUUCAAGAUUAUUCUCCAUUGGUCCAGCGGAAAGAAAAAAUGGAAAAACAGAGAGAGAAGAAUGGCAGAGAUGCUUCAUUGCAUGAUUUAAGAAAUGAGAGAGAUAAAAGAGAGACGAGAAUUAAAGGAACAAUGAAAAACAAAAGAGUAACUAAAGACAAGAGAGAAAAUAAAGAGAAUAGAGAGAAGAGAUCAAUUCAAGAGUCAGAGAGCAAUAAAAGAGAAUCAAAAAAGCGAAAAUACACUCCAAUUACAUUCACAGAAAAUGAUUUUAAAUUUGCGAAAAAAUCAGUUAAAAUUGAUGACGAUGAGAAUGAUGAUUUUUCAGAAUUUGAUCUCGAUGAAGAGAUUACAAAAAUUGAAAGUGAACAUCGCGAGGGAAUUUUAGUUUCAGAAUUACCAUUUAAACCGCGAUUUGAUAUUGGAGAUUUGGAAAUUGUAACUGCUGAUGAAUUUUGUCCUCUGACCUUGGAAGAUGAGGCGACGUGUGGAAUAACUAGCAAGUGGCCUUGAAAUUCUCAUCGCGAAUAACGAUCUCAUCUCUAAGGCAAGCUUACAUUUUUUUUUAUUCCACAAAUAAAGCACGAUGACGAUUCAAAUUCAUGAUCCAAAGGAAGUGGACUCGAGUCAGAGGACAGAGGAUUUGAGUUCAUUUGGAAGGAUAUUUUCUUUUUUUUAAAUUUUACAUUUAUACUGAAAUUUGUCUUAUUUUACUUUAAUAUUGUAUAAUUAGUGUCUGUUUGAAUAAUGUUAUGUAUAGUGUAAUGUUAAUUUUCACAAUCGUAAUAAAAACAGAUGUGUUAAUGUGACUUAAAAAACAUUUAACCUAAUUUAACUUAA